GAGGCAAAAAGAAAUGAGUUCGCUAUCAAUAGUGAGCCCUGAGCGACGCAUUGAGCUAAAUCCAUUCGAUACGAGGCCGAUUGAUCAGGUGCGUUCGUUCUACGAGAAGCUGGUCACCCAGUUUCCGAACGCUGGCCGAUAUUGGAAAGCAUACAUCGAUCAUGAGACGAGGCCGAUUGAUCAGGUGCGUUCGUUCUACGAGAAGCUGGUUACCCAGUUUCCGAACGCUGGUCGAUAUUGGAAAGCAUACAUCGAUCAUGAGCUGUUUGGACGUUGUCUUAUCCAUGUUUUGAACAUCGAUCUAUGGAAAUGCUACGUUUUUUAUGUUCGCGAAACCAAAGGACAUCUCUCUUCGUUCAGGUUCAAUUAUACAUUUUGUUCAUCUCAAGUGAAGGAAUUUUUAUAAUA